AUGCCGAUCAGCAAGAUUCACGCUCGUGAAAUUUAUGACUCUCGUGGGAAUCCCACAGUUGAGGUUGAUCUCACCACUGAAAAAGGUAUCUUUCGCGCUGCAGUUCCUUCUGGAGCUUCAACUGGAGUGCAUGAAGCUUUGGAACUGCGUGAUAAAGACAAGGCAGUGCACCAUGGAAAGGGGGUUUUGAAAGCUGUCGCUAACAUCAAUGAUAAGAUUGGCCCUGCCAUCGUCGCGAAGAAUUUUUGCCCGACCCAGCAGACUGAGAUUGAUAAGUUCAUGAUUGAACUUGAUGGGACUGAAAACAAAUGUGAGCUCUUUUUGUUUGCUUCAGCUAACCUUGGUGCAAAUGCUAUUUUGGGAGUAUCUUUGGCAGUGUGUAAGGCUGGUGCUGUACACAAAGGGGUUCCUCUCUACAAAUACAUUGCUGAAUUGGCUGGUAUUAAGCAGGUUGUCCUACCUGUUCCUUCUUUCAAUGUUAUCAACGGUGGCUCACAUGCUGGAAAUAAGCUGGCAAUGCAGGAGUUUAUGCUUUUGCCAGUAGGUGCCAAGUCUUUCAAAGAAGCAAUGAGAAUGGGUUCAGAAAUCUACCACCAUUUGAAGGCGGAAAUCAAGAAGAGGUAUGGCUUGGACGCAACAGCGGUUGGUGAUGAGGGCGGUUUUGCGCCAAACAUUCAGGAUAAUAAGGAAGGGCUGGACUUGUUGAAUACUGCUAUUGCUUUAGCUGGAUACACCGGUAAGGUGUCAAUAGGAAUGGAUGUUGCAGCUUCAGAGUUUUACAAGGAAGCAGAAAAGAAAUACGACUUAGACUUCAAGAACCCCAAUUCUGAUAAAAACCUAUGGAAAACGGGCGAAGAGAUGGCUGAACUUUACCAGACCUUUAUUAAAGAAUACCCGGUUGUGUCCAUUGAAGAUGCUUUUGAUCAGGAUGACUGGGAAAAUUGGCAAAAACUGCAUGCGAAUACCCAUAUUCAGUUAGUCGGUGAUGACCUGACAGUAACAAACCCUAAGCGUAUUCAGAUGGCAAUUGACAAAAAAGCCUGCAACUGCCUUCUCCUUAAGGUUAAUCAGAUUGGUUCUGUAACUGAAUCUAUCGAAGCUGCUAAGCUUUCUCGCGCACAUGGUUGGGGCGUUAUGGUUUCUCACCGUUCUGGCGAGACUGAAGAUACUUUUAUUGCUGAUUUGGUGGUUGGCCUUGCUACCGGACAGAUCAAAACCGGCGCACCUUGCCGUUCAGAGCGUCUUGCAAAGUACAAUCAGCUGUUGCGUAUUGAAGAGGAGCUUGGUGCUAAUGCUAUUUAUGCUGGCGAGAAGUUCCGUAACCCACAGGCGUGA